UAAGAGCAAAGAUUACUCCAGUUUUCACGCAGUCAUCGGUUCGUCGCGAAAUAACUUUAUUCGAGCGUGUUCACAAAAUAAUACCGUUGUAAUAGACAUCUGUGUAUGUGUUUGACCGUUCCAAAUCCGGUUAUAUUGCAAAAAGAUAAUAAAAAGCGUGGUCCGCAAGUUAAAGGUGGGUGACAAUGACGGACGAGGAAGUUUUCUCGAUCGAAGAGUUGCAAGAUUAUCUGCAAUCUUACGCGACGAAAAAUAUUAAAUUGGUGUCUCCCAAAUUUCACAUAACGAAACCGUCCAAACAAGGCGACAAUUAUAUGAGUACUGUGUAUCGUGUCACGAUCGAGGGCACCGACGAGGGCAACGGCGACGUCAAAAAUAUCGAUCUUAUCGUAAAAACUAGACGAAACUUGCAACAGUUGGGCGAUAUGAAAGACAAAUUAACGAAAAUGUUCGAGCGUGAAAUAUUUUUCUAUCAAACGAUAGUGCCCAUUUUUGAAGAGAUCGCAGAAAAACACGGCAAAACUAUCGCUUGCUAUCCGUCUUUUUGCGAUGUCAGUGCAGAAGUCGGAAGAGAGAUUUUGAUACUGGAAGAUCUGACUUCCGAAGGAUUCGUGCUGAAAGGUUCAACAUUAAUGGAUUACCCACAUCUCUCGUUGGCACUGCGAUGUUUGGGCGAAUUUCACGCGUACAGCUUAAUCACGCGUGCCGAGAAUCCGACCGCCUUUGAACAAUUAAAAAUGGAAGAACAUUUUUGCAAAAAAGACGAACCGUAUUUGUAUAAUGAACAAAUAAUUUCUUACUUCGAAAUACUUUGUGAUAUUAUAACAAAGGUAUUAGCGGACGAGGAUAGACAUUAUAUCGAGAGGUUCCGACGAUUCAUCGAUAAUCUGAGCCAAGAAAUGUUUGAUGUGAUUUUUCCAAAUCAACUUGAACCUCACGCCGUUGUAGUUCACGGUGAUUUUUGGACCAACAAUAUGCUCUUCAAAUAUGAGUUUCAGGAAGGAGCGCCGUGCGACGUGCGCUUCAUAGAUUUUCAAUUAAGUCGUUACGUAUCGCCCGUCGUAGAUUUGGCUCACAUUAUCUUCAACUGUUGCACACCGGAAACGAGACGUAAGCAUUACGAUCAACUGAUAAACGAGUAUCACGAAGCGUUGUCCGAGUGUGUCAAAAGUUACGAUUACGAUCCCGAUGUUCUUUUCCCGUAUGAGAAAGUGCGUCAACACUUGAUGAAAUAUGGCAAAUACGCCGCGGGCACGGCUCUAUUUGGCGUACCGUUUUUAUUUAAUGACACCGAGGACAAAUCAAUGGAAAAUAUUUUCUCACGAGCUGUACUCGAACACAAUCUAGAAAAUAACAGCGUCUUCAGAAACGCGAUAAAGGCCGCUUUUAAAGACCUCGUCGACAAAAAUAUUAUAUGAUUUCGCAUAAUUGUGCACUAAU